CAGAAGCAGAGUUGAAAUCAUCUCUGAAACAGCUGGAAAAGAAGAAUAUCUGAAGUGGAUUGGUUUCUUCUGAAGACUGAAUAUGAAGGAAUUCGGGAUUAGAAGAAUUGUGAAUUAAUAGGAUAUAACAAAAACAGAACAAGGAAGCAUCUGUUCAGUAUUCAUGAUCUCCGGGACAAUAAGCUUAACAGGUGGGAUGUGGGCGUUUCUGGUAUUGGUAUGCUUAAUCCAGCAGGCUGCAAAUUCAGAAUACCCUUUCAGUAGAAGACAUUUGAAUCCUGAAGGAUUCUUGACAAUCUCUAAAAUCAUCCAAUACUGGGGGUAUACCAGUGAAGAGUACCAGGUUCUGACGGAUGAUGGCUAUUAUCUUCAGCUAAACAGAAUUCCUUGUGGAAAACAUUGUCCCCAGCAUGAAGGGCCCAGACCAAUCGUUUUAUUGGUACAUGGCUUUCUGUGGGAAGGGAGAUGUUGGAUCGCAAAUCUUCCUAGCAACAGCUUGGGAUUUUUCCUAGCAGAUGCUGGCUAUGAUGUCUGGAUAAUAAACCUUAGAGGGACCACUUGGUCUAGAAGACACAAGGAGUUUUCAAUUUACCAGCAAAAAUUUUGGGAUUUCAGUUUUCAUGAAAUGGCAGUUUAUGAUAUACCAGCAACAAUAAAUUUCAUUCUACAUAAAACAGGACAAGAUUCUUUAUAUUAUGUUGGCCAUUCCCAAGGAGCAGGAAUAGGUUUUGUGGCUUUUGCGAUCCUGCCCUGCCUCACUAAUAGAGUGAAACUCUUUAUAAGCCUUACACCUACUUAUUCCUUGAAAGGUAUUACUGGGACACUUGGUGUACUUGGAAGAAUUCCAGACAGAUUUAGAGAACUUAUAUGGGGCACUAAAGAAUUUUCCAUUUUUAGUGAGAAAGUUAAAACCAAAAUGAUCUAUGCAUGCAGCUAUCCAAGGAUUGAUCGACUGUGCCUACAAAACAUUUUCCUUGCAGGAGGGAAUAACCAGAAAAAUCUAAACGUAAGUCGGGCAGAUGUAUUUGCUGGCAUCUUUCCUGAUUUCACAUCAGUAAAAAACAUUAAUCAUUGGAGUCAGAUUAUACGUUCUGGGGAAUUUAAAUAUUAUGACUAUGGGCUUAAGAACAGGGAAGUAUACAACACGACAAGACCUCCAUUUUAUAAAAUAGAAGACGUCCGUGUGCCAGUUGCUGUGUGGAGUGGAGGAAAAGAUAUUGCUACAAAAAGAAGAAAUAUUGAAUCAUUACUUACCCGAAUCACUUAUUUAGCUUUCUAUACAGAUAUUCCUGACUGGCAACAUUUUGAUCCUAUCUUGGGUUUGGAUGGCGUACGACGCUGUUAUCCUGAUAUUAUUGAAUUGAUGCAGAAACACCAACAUUAAUAUCAGGGUUGGAAUCUCUGGAGAAAACAAUAUCUCAGCCGCUCGCCUGUUUCUUAGCAUGUAGCUUCCUAAAUAAAAUUUAAAAAAUUAUGUAUACCCUUUACAUAAUUUCCAAGAUUAAAGUAAACAUUUCAUGUUUUCUAGGUUUUUUUUCUAGUUCACUGCUUUUAUACUUUAGUUCAUUACUUCGCUUGAUUGCUUAUUUUACAGAAAUUCAUGUAAAUCAAAGUUUCCUGAGAAGAUUAGCUGAUAUAUUAUUAAUGUUCUCUGUGUAUAUGUAGGUAGUUGUUCCACAGUAUGUGUAUCUGAUUCCGCCCCCCCUUCAAAUGUUCUACUCUGCUGUACUCAAUGUGGCUGAACAAAAACCUUUGUUGUAGGAAAAUAGUUCUACAGACUAGGUUUCUUUUAUUUCAUUAUUCUAGCUAAACUGGCACUUUAAACAUAAAUUAUAUUACCUAUAAAGAUAUUCCUUUAGUCUGUUUUUCUGUAUUUUACUAAGAAAGGUAACAGAGUGGAAAGGAUGUAGUGUGCUGUCUCCAAGCACAUCCAAAUAAAUAACUUACCUUGGUCAUAAAUCCUUGAGGAUUCAAAUGUCUUUCUCUUCUGCAUUGUUCUGAUACAUCCAUUUGUUGGAGUAAAGAUGUUAUAGAUUGAAACAGCAACAUCGUGGCUUUGUGUUAAAUAAUAUAUAAAACUGAAUUAUUACUGCCUUAAAUUCUUGAUUUAUCCAUGUUUAAAUAUAAGUAGGACUUUAAAAAAUUAUUAACAUCAAAAUUAGACAUCCAAAAUGUUGGCAAUAAUAUAAUAAUGACCAAACAUAUAGUAAAAUGUUUAUUUUGUGUAACAUAUUAAAACUACCAUUACAAUGUAUAGUUCAGUUGAACUUUAGGUAAAAGUAUUGAAAAUGUUUUUCAUUGGAGUUGGUUAAAGUAUAAACUCUUAGAAUGCGUGGCACGACAAAACCGCGCUCGACUAAGCCACGCCCAAUUAAACCG